GGCGGACGAAGGUAACAACAAUCGUACAUUCUUUUGCACUUAAGAUAUUUCACGAUUUUAGAAACUUACAGUCCGUAAAAUGCCUCUAAAAGAUCUUUUCUCCAAAGCUCCGUCUCCAUUUCCUCCAAAUGAAGAGCCAUGGCCCCAACCAGACCAUUCGAGUUCAAAUUCUUCGAGUAGUGGUUACCGCAUGUCACCGUUGUAUUCGGCUACCGCUCGUCCAACAGUGGAGGAGUUUCUGCGAACAAAUUAUUUGAUGAUUCCUGAAUUCGUGCUACAGGUAAAUCGAGCAAAGGUAGCAGAGAACAAGGGACACGUUCAUCAAAGUAUGCCAUCGGAAGAAACUACCUCUAUUCAAGGAACUGCUCAUCGAUGCCAAAUCAUUUCUUUUGACUCGGCAACACGCGAUGUCACCAGCGACAAAAUAGAGAGAAAAGAAGAUGGAGAAAAAGAAGUUAAAGGAGAUGAUUCAACUGUACAACGGAGAGCCAGUGGCUCAAAAGGUAUGGAUAUGCAUAGAGAUACUUUUGCGGCACAAAAGCAGACGAGUGGUCGGGACAUUGUGGUCCCUCCUCCGCUAAAACCAAAACCUAGGGUGAAAAAAGUGAUGAAGGGAGGAUGUCUAGUUACAAUACCAGCCCCUCAAAUCAUGAUUAGAGCUCCACAUGGGUCCACUGCUAAUGGUGGAAACAACGUUGAAUCGGGAGCACUUUCAGAGCAUAGCGAGGCUGGGUAAACUACCACUGA